CCAUAAACAAAUAAACACACAUAUCACAACAUCCUCUGACAAUCCCUAUUGUCCAAUGGCCACAAAAGCUUUUAGGAUAUCCCCUAAAUCCUAAAAACAAUGGUUUCUACCUCAGAAAAGCUCUAAAAGUGGCUACAAUUUAAACAUCAGAAUAUUAGGUCAACUCAGUUCUGUAGCUAUCAACUUCCACCAACAAUUAGUGAACAUCUACUCAUCAUUUGUGCACCCAUCAUGGACAAAACUAUACUAUAGUCCCUCCAAGAAUCAUGCCAAAAUCCACUAUUCACACUAAAAAGGGACUUUAACAGAAAACACCCAUUCAGCAUUUAAACACUAUUUCACUAUCUCAAAUGUAGGCAAAAGCACCAAAGAGAUAUUACCUUUAGACAGUGUGGAGCUUCCAAAAUGUUCUUCCAGAUAAAAAAAUUCUCCUUCUUUUUCUUCUUCUUUGUGUUCUUCAUGUUCUUUGUCCAUGUGUGUCCUCAACAUUCCCUUAAAACAGAUAAAGAUGCGCUUCUGGAAUUCAAGAAGAGUAUAAAGAUAGACCCGUAUUUGGUGCUUUCAAACUGGAAUGAAACUACUGAAGUUUGCAGUUUUAAAGGAAUCCAUUGCAAUAAUGGUCAUCGUGUGAGGAUAAUCGAGCUUGUUGAAUUUGGACUUGUGGGCCCGUUUUCACCUGUUAUCUCAAACCUCACUGCCCUUCGAACAAUAAAUCUUUCAGGAAACAAUUUCUAUGGAAAAAUCCCAGAUGAAAUCUCGUCCUUACGCCAUUUUAGAAACCUUCUUCUGGAAUUCAAUAGUAUAGAAGGUCGGAUUCCAGAAUCUUUAUCUUCUUUAUCAAACCUCACUAUUCUUAGUCUUAAAGACAACAGAUUACAAGGAGAAAUCCCACCUUCUUUGUUCUCAAACUGCACUGUUUUGUCAAAUCUUGACCUCUCACAUAAUUUCCUAGUUGGGAAAAUCCCUGAAAAUAUUGGGGAUUGCUUGAAUCUUUGGAAUCUCAAUUUGUAUAACAAUCAGUUCAUUGGUGAAAUCCCUUUUUCUUUGUCAAAUGCUUCAGAUAUGUUCAAUCUUGAUGUGGAGUACAAUUAUCUUUCUGGUGAACUUCCAUCAAAGCUAGUCUCGAAGCUUACAAAACUUCUGUAUCUUCAUUUAUCAUAUAACCAUAUGGUCAGCCAUGAUGAAAACAGCAAUCUUGAUGUCUUUUUUACUGCACUUUCUAACUGUAGUAUGCUACAGGAGCUUGAGUUAGCAGGUAUGGGGUUAGGAGGAACCCUACCUGAUUCCAUUGGAAGACUCGGUGUUAAUUUCAGUCAAAUGUUGCUACAAGAAAACAGAAUCUAUGGUUCAGUUCCACCCGUUUUUGCUAAUCUUUCAAAGCUAAUGUGGUUGAAUUUGACAAUGAAUCAUCUCAAUGGAACAAUAGCACCAGAGCUUAAUGGGUUACCAGCACUAGAACAGCUUCUGUUAUCACACAAUGCUUUCACAGGUGAAAUCCCAGAAGCAAUUGGAGAGUGUCUUCAUUUGGGUAAACUUGAAUUGUCAUAUAACAAAUUCACAGGUGAAAUCCCUGAAAGCUUUGGGAAGUUAACUGGUUUGGGGUCACUUUCCCUUAAUAAUAACCAGCUUUCAGGGAACAUACCUUCAAGUUUAGGAAACUGUGUUGUUCUAGCCAAUCUAGAUCUGUCCCAUAACAGAUUAACUGGACACAUACCUCCUCGAUUAUUAUCAGCCAUGACACGAAACGGGAUAUUCUUGAAUCUUUCUCAUAAUCACCUUGAAGGACCACUACCGAGUCAACUCAGCAUGCUAGAAACCAUCAAAGAGAUCAAUCUUUCUUUCAAUAACCUCACUGGAACCAUCUUCCCUAAAAUUUCGAGUUACAUGGACUUAGAGUUUCUAGAUUUGUCAAGCAAUUCAUUUCAAGGCCAGCUUCCAGAGUCUUUAAGCAUGCUUACACGUCUUGUAGCGUUUGAUGUAUCUAAUAACAGGCUAUCAGGAAAGAUUCCAAUAGGUUUAAGCAACAUCCAUACCCUUAAGCUCCUGAAUCUUUCCUUCAAUGACUUCCAGGGUAGAGUUCCUACUGGUGGCGUUUUCAAUUCGGUCACUAGUCUUUCCUUUCUUGGAAAUCCACAUCUUUGUGGCCACAUUUCCGGCCUUCAGUUUUGCUCUCACAAGAAAAAAUACUUGCGUUCGCCGGGGUUUUUAGCAGUAUUCUAUGUCGGAAUAAUAAUAUCAGUCCUGCUAACAGUAAUCUGCUGUGUGAUCGGAUGGCGUUACCUGAAACAAAUCGUUAGUUCUAACGCGACUCGGCCGGAGCCGAAUUCUCAACCGGAAUUGACACGUAAUUUUCCACGAAUCACGUAUAAGGAGCUCGCAGAAGCUACAAACGGAUUCGAUGAACAGAGACUACUCGGAUCUGGAGGUUAUGGUCGAGUAUACAGAGGAUCGCUACCAGAUGGAACACAAAUAGCAGUCAAAGUGCUUCAAUUACAAACAGGUAAUUCCACCAAGACUUUCAACAGAGAAUGUCAAGUUCUGAAAAGAAUUCGUCACAGAAACUUGAUAAGAAUCAUAACCGCGUGUAGUUUACCUGAUUUCAAAGCUCUUGUUCUUCCAUUUAUGGCGAAUGGAAGCUUGGAUAGUCGUCUAUAUCCAGAUUCAGGAGGAUUAGGUUCAGGUUCGUCAGAUCUAAAUCUGAUUCAAAGAGUGAACAUCUGCAGUGAUAUUGCUGAAGGAAUGGCUUAUCUCCACCAUCAUUCUCCGGUUAAGGUCAUACAUUGUGAUCUGAAACCCAGCAAUGUUCUUCUUAACGAUGAUAUGACAGCUUUGGUCUCUGAUUUUGGUAUAGCAAAAUUGGUUAUGACGAUUGGAGGUGGCACUGAGAAUCUGGGGAAUUCCACAGCAAAUAUGCUUUGUGGAUCGUUCGGCUACAUUGCACCAGAGUAUGGGUAUGGAUCAAACACAUCAACCAAAGGAGAUGUUUACAGUUUUGGGAUCCUGGUUCUCGAGAUGGUGACACGAAAGAGACCAACAGAUGAUAUGUUCUCCGAAGGGCUUAGCCUUCACAAAUGGGUCAAAAGCCACUACCAUCAACACAUGGAACAUAUAGUCGACUCGUCUUUGGUACAAACUACAAAAGACCAAUUAGCCGAUGUGAAGAAAAUGUGGAAUGUUGCCAUUGGAGAGUUGUUGGAGAUGGGUAUUUUGUGCACACAAGAUUCACCAUCAAAUAGACCGACAAUGCUCGAUGCUGCAGACGAUUUAGAUAGACUCAAAAGGUAUUUAAACGGUGAUACUACUGCAACUUUCGCUUCAUCUCUCGGUAUAUCAUCUUCGACCAUAAGUGAAGAUUAGUAACACCGUGUUUUUUAAUGUACGGACCAAACAUCAUUUUAAUGAAUUGGUGUAUGAACUUAUUAUGUAGAAAAAUAUGUCACAUCGUUACUUUUUUGCUUUAUUUUAAACGUUUAAACCAAACAGAAAAC